CGAUGCCUCCCAUUCCCAUUCAUUUGCUAACUGCACUCCACACAGGAGUGAGUUAUAUUUUCAGCUGCCUUAUUCUUACUUCAUAUGGGCAUUGACCCCUGUCGUCGUCAAUGCUAUGCUGGGCGUCAUCAUGCUGAUUCGGAUACAUGCGAUGUAUGGACGAUCCAAAAAGAUGCUUAUCUUUCUCGUUAUAGUCUUGCUUGCUUCCACGAUCACCUCCGUCAUUACCACAGUAAUGUCAAACACCGGUAUUUUAGUGGAGGAAUUCGUCCUUUUUGGCUCCCCUAUCUGUCUUUUCGAAAAAAUUGGCACAUACCAAAUGAAUCUGGGUUAUGAGAGUGUGAUAUCCACCGCUAUAUGGGAAGUCCUCGCCUCCGUUCUGGCAGUCCGGAUUGUCAUAAAACACUUCCGUGAACUGCGACAAUCUUCGACAGGAUCGACCAUUGGGGACUGUUUUAUGGCGUUGAUUAAAAGUCACGCAUUUUACUUUGUAGCCUUUGCUGUUUGUAACUUGCUUCACCCUAGGCUCACUGUCUCCAAAUAUCACGGAGCUGCCUUUUAUUCCGAUGUGCUCCAAGUUGCCCAGGUGUUGCAGAUGUUUGUGCUGGGACCACGCCUGAUCCUCAGCAUUCGCGAAUAUCACGCUGAGCUUGUGGCCAGGUCCGACGAGGGAAUAGCUAUGACGAUCAUUCAUUCCAGACUGGUGGAGAUGCGUUGACUGGUGGAGAUGUGUAGUUUCGUUGUGGUUCCGGAGUGAUUUAGAGAAUAGAAUGAGGGUCUUGGCAAAUCGCUGACAUGCCGUACUACCAUUGAAAUUAUCUCGAUUCAACCAUGAUGAAGUAUUUUUG